AUGGUUGCGCCCGAGAUUCGCAGGGGUGGCAUCUCGCGAAUGGCGUCCGCACAUGCCAAGGCUCAGAGAAGAUAUGCUGCUCUACUCAAGUCCUGUCGGUAUGCUGCACCCACCGCAUCGAUGCCACGCAACUGGGACGCAGAGGACGAUACUGCUUGUUCCUGUGCACGGACUCUGACCAAGCGUGCUCCUACGCCGAAGCAGCUGCCGGUCUUCACGAGGGAGGCCUUGAGAAGUCUCGAAGCCGUCAUGAUCGCGGUGAUGAGAUCGAACUAUGGAGAUGAAGCCAUAGUCGCUCGUGAUGAAGUUGUCUCAAAAGUAGUGAGCACACUUGGGAAUGCGGCGUUACGAGAAGAUACCGCGACGACGAAGACUAGAUGGGUGGAGAUUUUGCAGGCUUUGGGGUCAAAGACCAGCCUGAGGAUGAUCGACCAGAUCGACAAAGUGUUCAAUCCUGCCUUCAAGCACCUCUCAGCCAACCAGAUCCCCUUCCGAUUUCUUGAUCUACCGCCUGAGCUGCGGACCUGGAUCUACAAGGACUUGUUGACGCCAGGAAAAAUUGCGAUGACCAGCUGCGAGCACGAUUCUGCUUUACGCACGGAGAGCAAGGCGAAGCUGAGCUUGCUGUCCAUCUGCAAACAGAUGCACAGCGAGGCAAAAGGUCUGAUCUUUAAGAAUCGCAUCAUCAUUGACGGCGUCACUUGCUCGGCGCCUUUAUUUAUGUUUCCUCGACAGCAACUUGCUCUGCACAUCCUGCCUCAAACGAGGUCGCUGGAGAUCGCUCUAGCUGUCGAAACCGUCGUCAGCGAUUGGUCGCAACUACAAAGGAUGACGGGUCUCAAGCGGCUGUCGGUUGCAUUUGUGGAGACGUCGUACAUCAAGCCAGCCCAUCGCGCGCGUGUGAUUCGAGAUAUCAUGGCAGCUGCCCCGACUGACUGCGAGCUGACUUUCGGGGAUAGUUCGAUGGCUCAUGCACGUUGCCGAGAACGAGCAAUGAAGCUUACUUCGGACAAGACUACUUGGGUUGUGCCUGACCAAGAUUCGGUGGACAGCGCUGUACGGAAGGCUCGUAAGAUUGCGAGCAGCCCCUUCUCAUUCGUCGUUCGAGAGGCGAAGUAUGAUCUAGGUGAUCCGUACAGCGAUAGCUGA